AUGCAAAACAAAACAACGGGAAGAAAGGGUGAAAGAGAGACACUUUUUGACAAUCUAACCACUCACACUUUUGGUCCGCGUGGAGCAAAGAAAUCAAUAAACUCUGAGUUAUGGCAUGCCUGUGCUGGCCCAUUGGUCUCCUUGCCUCAGAUUGGAAGCCUGGUGUAUUAUUUCCCACAAGGGCACAGUGAACAGGUAAAUAAACACGGACAGAAUGGAAAUGGAGAAAAAAAACUUCCUUCAAAAGUGAUGGUCAACAAUUGGAAGCUGUAUGGUGCUUUUCAAGUUGCAAUAUCUACUAAUAGAACAGCAACAGUGCAAACACCCAACUAUCCGAACCUUUCGUCUCAAUUGCUAUGCCAAGUCCACAAUGUUACACUCCACGCCGACAAAGAAACAGAUGAAAUCUAUGCACAGAUGAGCCUACAGCCUGUGAAUUCUGUAAGCCUGAGUACUGAAAAAGAUGCUUUUCCUAUACCAGAUUUUGGACUAAAGCCCAGUAAACACCCGACUGAGUUUUUCUGCAAAAUCUUAACAGCAAGUGAUACGAGCACGCAUGGUGGCUUCUCAGUUCCUAGGAGAGCUGCUGAGAAACUCUUCCCACAAUUAGAUUACUCAAUGCAGCCUCCAACACAAGAACUUGUAGUUCGAGAUUUGCAUGAUAAUACCUGGACUUUUCGUCAUAUUUACAGGGGGCAGCCAAAACGUCACCUGCUGACAACUGGUUGGAGCAUGUUUGUUGGUGCAAAACGACUGAGAGCAGGGGAUGCAGUUCUAUUUAUCCGAGACGAGAAAUCACAAUUGUUGUUGGGAGUUAGACGUGCUAACCGCCAGCAAACCACUUUACCGUCUUCGGUUUUGUCUGCCGAUAGCAUGCACAUUGGUAUACUUGCUGCAGCUGCUCAUGCUGCUGCUAAUAGAAGCCCGUUUACUGUUUUCUACAAUCCCAGGGCAUGUCCCUCAGAAUUUGUAAUCCCAUUCGCGAAAUAUAGAAAAUCCGUGCACGGCACACAAAUAUCCAUUGGCAUGAGGUUCGGCAUGAUGUUUGAAACCGAAGAAUCCAGUAAACGGCGAUAUAUGGGGACGAUUAUAGGAUUAAACGACCUUGAUCCACUUAGAUGGCCCAACUCCAAAUGGCGUACUCUUCAGGUCGAGUGGGACGAUUCUGGGUGUAGUGAUAGGCCGAAUAGAGUUAGUCCAUGGGAAAUUGAGACUCCUGAGAGUCUUUUCCUGUUUUCAUCUUUAACUUCAUGUCUCAAACGUCCUUUCCACUCAGCUUUCAUAGGGCAACAAACAGAUUGGGAAAAUAUGGUAAACCGGCCUUUCUUUCGUUUGCCAGACAAUUUGCCCCCUGAAUUUCAAAACCCCUCGAUUUCGAGCCUUUGGUCUGAGCAGUUACUGAGCAUGAUUUCAAAACCUCACACCUUAAACUCUCCUCUGCAAGACCCAAAUUCCCUUUUGCAACUGCCAACCAAAGACAAACUUGAAAUAAACAGACCACAGGACAAUAUCCCGCAAAACACAAACGUAUCGCCACCUGGGAAUAAACAGACUUCACCGGAAAAUUUAACUUCCACAAACCAAAUUAAAGCCACCGCACAGCAGACUUUGCAAAUGAGUCCUCCGCGCAUCACACAUUCGCAAUUCGACCCUUGUAAUAAUCUUCAAGCUCAAGAAAUUCAGUAUCCAGGCCAGGUUCAGAUCAGUUCUUUCCCCACACCAGUUGCCAAUCAAGAUUUGUUCGAUCCACAAAUUAACAAUAACAAUAACAGUGGUGGUACAAACACGGGAGACAUUUACAGCUGUCUAAAUCUUGAUGGUACAAACAGUGGAAGCACGGUUGUCGAUCCUUCUGUCUCUAACGCGAUAUUGGACGAUUUUUGCACGUUAAAGAAUGUCGAUUUCUCGAGUCACUCGGAUUUUCUAGUCGGCAGCUUUUGCGCGGCUUCUCAGGAUGUCCAGUCACAGAUCACAACCGCCAGCCUGGCGGAUUUUGACGAAGCUAAUAAUAAUCUCUUGCAGGCGGGCUCAUUUCAGGCGCAGAUUCAAAAGGCGGGAUCAGUAGGGAGGUCCAUUGAUGUCUCGAGUUUUCAAAAUUAUGAGGAAUUGCGUUCGGAGAUUGAACGCAUGUUUGGUCUAAAAGGGCUUCUCAAUGACUCAAGCUCGGGAUGGAAGUUGGUUUAUGUGGAUUUUGAGAAUGAUGUUCUUCUUGUUGGGGAUGAUCCUUGGGAGGAAUUUGUUGGGUGUGUAAGAUGCAUUAGAAUUUUAUCUCCGUCAGAAGUUAAGCAGAUGGGGGAAGAGGGAAUGCAGCUUUUAAACUCGGCAGCCAUGCAAGGGGUUAAUAGCUCAGCCUUGGUGGCUAGUUGUGGGGGAAAAGAUGGGUCUUAACCUAUGUACUAAAAUAAUUCGAUUUUUCAGACUGAAUGAUCAUGAAUUUAUGUAAUAUUUGUUCAAGAAUCAAUCGUAUAAUAGUAUAGUAGUUUCUUAUAAUUCCACUAAGCUAUAUGCUGAAAGGAAAAAAAAAAAGAGAGAGAUAGAGAGAAGGCAAAACCUUGGCCCGGAGUUACCCAAAAUUUGGAGGUUUUAGAGUGUAAUUUAUAAAGGUGGGAUUUGUUGUAAUGUACUAAUUAAUAGAAUUCUUGAUUUGAAAAGCACGAACUUUUAGCAAGUGAAGAAGGUGUUAAGAUCAGAACCUCUGGAUCUAGUUAUAGGACCCUGAACAUUGAAAUCUAGUUGUUGAUAACUAGAAGAUUGAGUUUUUCUUCCCUUAUAACCUAUUUUGAUUAUAAAUUUUUGGGCUCGUUAGAGAGAACCCAACGAUCUCCAAGAGUUUAAAGACUCAAGAACUUUUUAUCAGAAAUUUCUUAACCAUUCUUAUUUCUUAAACCAG